AUGUGGGCAGAUGGAGUGUGUCCUAACAUCAGAGAAAAAGUAAGGGUAAUUAUCAAAGACUCAAGGACAUGUCAUGCAUACCUAUCAGGUAGAGGGGAGUAUGAGAUUCAAGAUGGUAGAAUUGUAUUGCCUAUUUCACUUACCAAUAGAACUUGCAUCUGUGGAAGAUGGCAGAUAAGUGGCAUCCCAUGUAAGCAUGGAGUCAGGGCUAUAUUGGUUGCUAGGAAGGAACCACUUGACUAUGUUAGUGAGUGGUUUUUAGUGUUAAGAUAUAAAGAAACAUACAGGGGGAAUAUUUCACCCAUCCCAGAUCAAGAACAAUGGCCUGAGAUGGACUUGCCCAAGCUUACUCCAUUUGCCAUGAAAAGAGGAAUAGGGAUACCUUCUAAAAUUGAAGAAGGGAGGAAGGAGAUCAACAAAAUUGGAAAAGAAGCACAACAAUUCAAUGCAAAAAAUGCAGAGCUUUUGGGCACAACUCCAAAACCUGUAAAGGAGGUGCAACUGCUAGGGAGAUCAGAGAGCAACAAGGAGGUGAAUUACAAUAAAAAGAGGGAAACGGGAAAAAAGGGAAGGGUAUUGGCAAGAGGGAACAUCUCACAAGAUGAGGCAAUGAUCAUAAUCUCAUUGACAUCAUGA